GUAGAUUCAAUGCAUUAUUUUAUUAUAAUUGUAGAUUCAGAGCAUUAUUUUAUUAUAAUUGUAGAUUCAGAACAUUAUUUUAUUAUAAUUGUAGAUUCAGAGCAUUAUUUUAUUUUGAUUUUAGAUUCAGUGCAUUAUUUUAUUAUAAUUGUAGAUUCAGAGCAUUAUUUUAUUAUAAUUGUAGAUUCAGAGCAUUAUUUUAUUUUGAUUUUAGCUUCAGGGCAUUAUUUUAUUAUAAUUGUAGAUUCAGAGCAUUAUUUUAUUAUAAUUGUAGAUUCAGAGCAUUAUUUUAUUAUAAUUGUAGAUUCAGAGCAUUAUUUUAUUUUGAUUUUAGAUUCAGGGCAUUAUUUUAUUAUAAUUGUAGAUUCAGAACAUUAUUUUAUUAUAAUUGUAGAUUCAGAGCAUUAUUUUAUUAUAAUUGUAUUCAGAGCAUUAUUUUAUUAUAAUUGUAUUCAGAGCAUUAUUUUAUUAUAA